GGUGGUGGGGGAAACAGGAGACCCGGGCAGUGCAAGCCGGGCAGCCCGCCCGACAAUACGGCCGCUCUCAGAGUGACGUCACGCGAUCCAAAAAAAAAAAAAUAACCGAGAGACCGAACCGAGCGAGCUACCCCUCACCACUGCCCGCAACCUCGAGUAGGUCGAGUCAAGUAACAGAUUAAAGAAUAAUUGAAGCAGUGUAAUUAAACGGAAAAGAAAUUGACUGAAAAAGUGGAAAAUUGCCUGGAAGAGGGAUGCUCUUGUUUCAAAUAGGCGAGCCGGGUGGCUCGCAUUUUUCACGAAUCUAUCACAAAUGUCAGAGAUGUGAGGUGCAAUACAGUGGUCCGCGAUAAAAGGGACGCGCAGCCAUUCUAAAAAAAACCACUGUACUGCCACUUUUUUUUAUGAAUCUCAUUAGGACUGAAGCCGUAGGGCAGGACGAGAGGUGCGAACAUUUUUCAACGCAAUAACUCGAAUUUUCUUCUAUUCACACGAGCAACAUAUAAGAUUCGCCAGAAUGUUGCCCACCAAUGUCAUGUCUUUUAUGAAGAAGAUGGUGGCGAACCAACCGGAAGCUGGCACGGGAUCCGUAACACCGGAAGAGAGCGGAACAACAUUUAGCAAGUUGAGGCAGUUGGGCAGUGGGUUAAUAACGGCAACGGGAAAUGUGACGAAAUUGUCUCCGGCCAAGGUUACUCCGGUCGAGGACAUUCAGCCGAAAGAGGAAACUCCAGAAUUGAAACCGGAAAAACCACCGAAUAGUGCCGGAGCAUGCAGAAUAUGUCGCAAAUCUUUCAAACCAGAUGACUUUUUUAGAACAUGCCACGAGUGUCAAAAUAAAGUUUGUGAAGAUUGUGCGUCAUAUUCCAACACUACGGAUUCUGAAGAUCAGACAGUAUGGCGAUGCAGUGUUUGUCGAAGAAAACUAGCUUCGAGAGGACAGCCCAUCGUCCCUCAGGAAUCGACAGACUCACUUCUCGAAGUGCCUGUACUUGAAUCACUUCCACGAAGGCAUAGUGAUGCGAGACUGGGUUCGCAAACCAUAAGCCAACUUGGAGCACUUGGUGCUGGACUUGCCCCACCUCGAAGUCCAGAGCUUAGAAGGCACUCUGAUGUAUCACCGGCUAGUUUGAAAGAGCUUGAAAAGUUUCGAAAGGUUGCAGGAGAACGACGUGAGGAGAUCAGGUGGGAAAGAGAAUUGGAAUGGAGGAACAAAUCCAGAAGCGGCUCACCGGAACGUCAUCAAAAUGAAAGGGCAGACCGAGGAGAGAGAAAUGAGAGAGGUGAUAGAGCUGAAAGGGGUAGAGCGACGAGUCCGCAAAGAGUUGGCAAGAGGACAUCGGUGACAGAGCAAGAAAUUACAUCAGACAUUACGGCUGAAGAAGAAGAAGAAAGACGUCGUCGCGCUAGACGUCGAGCAUCGACAAUAACAGGGAAAUCAAGAGUGACCAGACAACGAUCAUACGAUGAUGAAAUCAAAACGGCAUCGAUGGGAGGUGGUCAGUCAUCUCAUUCAGAUGUUGGACUGGGACUUCCGGUUCAGUUACCACGAAGGGCAUCAGCUUAUGAUGUUUUUGCAACGCCCGGAGGAGGAAGUUUAAAUGCCAUGGCAAUCGUUGCUGCACAACACAGAGCUUCCUUUUCCUCGCAAGGCUCGCGAGAACCAGAAGACAGACCAUCAUCCCGAAGACCCUCUAUUCGAGCAACAGUGAAACCUGUAAUGCCUUACGAUAUAGCAGCUGACGAAGAAAAAAUUAUAAAUUUGGAUUUAGCACAAACACCAGAAGUUGCACCACAAUCUGGACAAACGUCAAUUCUCGCGCCAGAUGAGGAGCGACGUACAAGACGCAGGGGUUCCCAUUUGCCGGAUAUCAAUGCGAUAAGAGCACUUCCUAUGGUACCAGCUGCAGUGAAAACAACCCCCUCAACUUCAGUCAAUCGAGUAUCAAUUGAGGAUCGUGAUUUGGCCCGUCAAGGAAGUCUGGUCGAUGGCGAGGGCAUCAAAAUUGUUAUCCACGAUGUCGACAGCGAAGUCGGUACAAGAGGAAAUACUAAAAGAAGAGUUGUUUUACGGAGAGAUACUGCCGUCGAGAAGGGACAUAGAUCUCAAGGUUUUGGAAUGAGAGUUGUAGGUGGAAAGGUUGGGUCGGACGGCCAUUUGUUUGCCCAAAUCCUGUUGAUUUCACCCGGGGGUCCUGCAGAAAAAUCCGGGCUGCAAGCUGGUGAUAAGAUUCUUGAAUGGUCUGGAGUGUCGCUCGUCGAUCGAAAUUUUAAAGAUGUAGCACAAAUAAUCGACAGAAGCAGUGACAUUGCGGAACUUGUUGUGGAACAAGGGACAGACACUGCAGGAGAUUCACUUGAUGAUGGUGCAAAAUCUGCUGGGAAUCUUAAUUUACAAGCAGACACAGAUACGGAUAAAACACCCUCAUCGCCAACGCGCCGGAAAUUGCCAAAGACGCCGGAACAAAUCGCGAAGGAAAGAGAAGUGAGGGGUCGUGUGCAGAUUCACGUUUGGUACGAGGGAGAUAGAAAAGAAUUGGUGGUUUCUGUUUUGGCAGCUGACAAUCUUUGUGCCAGAGAAGACACAGGCCAUGGAACAAUGCCUGAAGCUUAUGCUAAAUUAUCCUUGGUUCCAGCUUGUGGGGACCACAGCUCGUUAAAAACAGACAUUGCGGAAGCGGAGCACAAUCCAAUCUGGAACGCAACCUUGAACUUUACGGGAAUCUCCGGUGAGAAAUUGAUGGAUCGAACGAUCGAGGUUAAUCUCUGGGACAGACUUCCAGAAGGAGAGGAUGUCUUCCUUGGGGAGUGCACCGUAGACUUGCAAAAUGCUUUUGAAACUGAUAGAGCUGUUUGGUAUCGAUUAGAAGAUCCGCGAGGAAUUCGAAUGGGCAAUUCACGAUCACCACGUGGUUCAAUGUAUACCGAAUUAGUACAAAGAUUAAUAAGAAGAGAAUUGCAACAAAGAAGUUAUAGUGACGAUACACACAGUGAAAGUGGAAGUCCCGAACCAUGUUAUCUUCAUCCGGAUCAUGCACUGUAUGGAAAUUCCAGACGAGGUUCAAGCCAAUCAGAACAACUUGAAUUUGAACCAUACGAACUAAAUAAGGAUUACAGCCGAUCUCUGCCAGGAAGUCGUAGAAGUAGUUUCCAAAGCCAACAAGGAGGAGGAGGAGGUGGAACUGACAGCAAACGAGGAAGUAUUGGAGAUUCAGACAUGCCAGUUUACUAUAAUAGAGAACGUCGUCGCAGUUCAGUAGCUCGUUAUGCUCGAGAUCCUAAGGAAAUCCUCGAAGGGCUGAAAUCUUUACAAUCUGGCAAAAGUGAGUUGGGAAGGACGUUGAGUCUCACCGCGGACAAGAGACGAAGCAGCAGGUCUGGGCGGGGUGAGCGCAAAGAAAGUGUCGUGGAACUGCCAGAAAAGCUGUUUGACCUUAACUAUGAUUCUGAUGAUGAUGAACGAUGGAGAAACAGUGGGAAAUUAGGACCAGGGCAAGUAGCACCAAAAGGAGGAAGACUGUCCGCAACUCAAAACGGAGAGUUACAGCUGGCCGUCUUCCUCAGCAGAGGCAAUUUGGAGGUGGAAGUCAUUUGUGCGAGAGGAAUUUGUCCGGAGGAUGGAGAAGUGCCGUAUACGUAUAUAAAGACCUUCCUUUGCGAUGAAGGUAGAAAGCUUCAGAAACGCAAAACUCGAGUUCAGCACUCGCGCAAUCCACAAUAUCGUGAAACAAUAAAAUAUUCCCGCUGCGAUGCAUUUGGAAGAAUUCUCUUGGUGAUGCUUUGGGAGAAGAAACAAGGAUUUGGCAAAAAUCAAGGAUUAGGAGAAGCUGAAAUCUGCUUGGACAAUCUUCCUCUCACUGAACUAUCCGUUGGCUGGUAUAUCCUCUUUCCAAUUCAUAAUCCUGGCACCCAGAAUAUUGAUUCUCCAUGAUUGAAGGAAAAAUGGGCUCUCAAACCUGCUGAACUCGACUUCAGACUCAGCUUAUUGCUGAGAAAUGAUGCCGAGGACACUGUCAAGAUUAUCUUUUGAUAGGAGUCAAUCCAAUAACACCAUUUUCGCGCAAUUUUUCAUUUUAUCAUCAGCAAAACAUUGUUAUUUCACAUUAUAAUUACACGUUUAAUGGCAAAUGUUAAAGAAAAUCGAUUUAAUACGAUAUGAAGAAAAAAAUUUAAUCCAAUUAAUCGAGAUUUAGACAAUCAAUAUGAUAUGGAUAAAUUUAUUGCAAAUUGGCAAAAAUUCCCUAGAGUUUGUAGAAAAUAGAAUUAGAUAUAAUAUAUAAAAUAUAUCUUAUUGAAUUGAAAUGACAAAAGAAAUGAAUGGUAAUACAAGAGAGAUGAUUAUUUUUUUUUUCGCACUUUAACAAGGGUGAGAAAUCGAGAGAAAUUUAUAAAGAGCCAAUCUUGGCAGAAGCAACGAGGGUCCAUUUUUUCCAGCAUCGAAUCGAUAUUUAAGGCGAGAAUCGUUUAGAAAAAAAAAGCGAGAAUCAAUUUGAUAUCUGCAAAAUAUUGUACUGGUUGAUCCAGAUAGUGGUUCAAUUGAAUCUCGCUAAAAUCCGGAAACGAAAAGUUAAGUUGAAAAGUUGGAAAAUUAUACGUAUUAUACAUAAUUAUAUAAUCGAAAUAUUUUCAAGACUUUAUAAAAAAAAAAGUUUUAUCCAAUUUUCGAAUCAGAAAUUUUAAAUAAUUUUUAAAUUUAAAUAAAAAAAAAAGGGAGGCUAAAAUUUUAAGUCAAUUUCAAAUUUGACUGUAAAUAUAAUAAAAUAAAAUUUUUAAUCAAAAAAGUUUUGAAAAUAUUUCCAAAACUUAAUGGUAAUGUUUCAAUAUAUUUAAGUAGACGCUCCAUCGCUCGCUGGUCGAGUCAAAUUUUUAAGGAGUACAAUUAGGGUCAAAAAUAAAUUGAUGGCCAAUUAUUGAAAAAAAAAUACAUAUAUAGAAAACAAUCGAUGUUUAGGAAUCGCACAAUUUUUGUAGUGUGUAGACUGAUGAAAAGCGGAUUCCUCGGUGAGCUGUUAUAUUAUAUUAAAAUGUAAUUGCAGUUCUGGAUUCGACUGUGUUAUGUGAAUGUCAUGUUUUCUAUGCUAUAUGCUAUCUCCCCUUUUAUCCAUUUUUUACUCUUUCAUACAAGUACUUCACUAAGAAAUUUUAUUCGACUAUAAAAAAAAAAAAAUGACUUUCCUAUCAUAAACAAUUUCUCUAUAGAUAUAUUUAAAAAAUAAAAAAAUAUAUAUACAUAUAUUGACUUUUCUACAAAAAUCUGAUCUCAAAUUCGACAAAAAACUGUUCCGAGUAUUUAAUAGGAAUAGUGUUUAAUCUAUAAAUGGAAUCGGUUUCUAAUUUUUUUUAAAUUUUAUUUUUGAAACAAAGAAAGAUUUGCGCUCAUCCCGCCUAUAAUAUAUAAAAUAAGGUAUGAAAUCGAGUGUAAUGUUAGUGCAAUACUCAAUAAUAGUAGUAAUGAUAUCAAUAGCAAUAGAAAACAAAAAAAAAAAGUACGUAAUAAUGCAAGGAAAGUAAUGGAGUAUUUGUCGAAAAAAAAAAUUGAACGAUGUUAAUGAUUUCACGAAAUAGUGAAAUUAAAAGAAAGUAAAUACUAGAUACAAUACUUUCCAUUCUUUCUUCAUUUGUGUUAACACGUUGAAAAAACAUUUUCUAAACGAUACAAUAAAAAAUAUUUUAAUUAUAUUAAAAUCGGAAAAGCGAUAUUUUAAUAGAUUUAACUCUGAAACUGUUUAGGAAAUUCGAUUUUAAUGAAUUCUAAACAUAAAAAAAAUAACGGCCUAUAAAGCAUAUAUAUUACAAAAAAAAAACUGAUUGUUGCUCCUCUCCAACGAAUGCAGGCGCUUUUCAAAUAUCUUAUUCUUCUAUAAAUAUUUCUAAAAAAAAAAAAAAAAAACACUCUCUUUAAUACCUCUAAUGAGUUGAGUUGUAAACAAUUUCUAAAAACGUUCAAGUUCUAAGCUUAAUAUAAAAAGUGCUUCCUCUCUUACUAUUUAUACUGUUACUAUUAUCUUCUACUUCCUAAAAAAUAAAAUUUCAUCAUCAUUUGCAUUAUAUUCUAUUAAAUAUAAUAAAAAAUUUCCCUGAGACGCGGAAGUCUUCGAACGAUAUGAAAGCUUUUUUAAAAUGAUAAAUAUAAAUUUGAUAUUGAACAAUUUACAAUAUUGAAAAUUUAAUUUUUCUUUUCUCAUCACUAAUAUUUCUUUCAAGACAAAAAUGGUUGUGACGAUAAUACUCAACAGGUGUUCGCGUUCGUGGAGGGAAAAUAUCAACUUUUUAACACUCUUAAUUUAAAUAAGAAAAAAAUUCAGCGAAAUUUCACUGGAUUCAAAUUAAGAGAAUAUUAAAUGCAAAAAAAAAACCGACAUUUUCUAUAUACACAAAAAUGGCCUACGCUAUCAUGACGUUUGACAAUCGAUCUAUUAGACGCUUUAAAAAAAAAAGAAAAAAAAAACCUACUGAGGUUAAACAGUAAAAGCGUACAUUAUAAAUAUUGGAUAUAGAAACAUAAAUGAAUAUAUAUAUAUACUGUACUAAUUAGUUAAGAAAAAAAAAUUACGCUCUGUAUAAAAUAGAAGCGAUCGACAAAAUUCUUUAUGAACGAAAUUUUUAGAAUAUUCUCUUAAAAAUGACAAGAAAUGUGAUAAAAAAAAAAAAAAUUAUUCUAAAUUCUCAUUUUUGAAGUUUUUGGUAUUUUCUAUUUGAUUAUUUAUAUUAUUUAGAUAAAUUUUUUAUUAUUUUUUAAUUUAUUUCAUGC